GGGGAGGAUCUUGUCGAGAACUUGGUGACUGUCUUCAGAGAGGGCGUGACGCAUUUCGUUGAAGAGUUGGAUUCCAAACUACAGUCUGAGUUUCAAUCUCUGGAACAGAGGGAGACGCAGCUACGAGUGGAACGUCAGGCUUUGGAUGAGUUGCGGAAAUCAUUGAAGGAGGAGAAGAAGCGUUUGGACUCGAAGAGUUGCAGGAAGAGAACCUCUCAGCUCCAAGUGCGCUUUGACGAGUUGGAUAAAGAUCAGAUCGUUUCCCCCGACCUGGCGGCAGACUUUCUGGUGAACGCAGAGACCGACACCCUCGAGGCAUCAUCAUCUGCUGUUUCUUCACCAACAUCUUCCUUCCAGCGGCAAAGUAUCAUGGGCUCCUACUGCAAACGUGCUCCGAAACCCUGGGAAAUCGUGAGUAUCGCGGGGCGUGAGUAUGCCACCUUGCCGCCGAAAUGUCCAGAGGAGCAGGAGCGGGAGCACCUGAAGAAUGCCGUGGUGGCACUUCCGGAUGGCUGGGAGCUUCUCUCCACCGAUGCACGUGAUUUUAGCUUCAUCAUUGAUGAGCUGAGCCGCCACAGCUGGGGCAACCCGCUACUGGCUGCGCAAUGCCAGAGCCAACCGCGUCUCUUUGCCACGUAUCGCACGGCCAUGUCCACCCGUGGCAGAGCAGGGUCCAGGUAUCGCAGCCAGUCUCGACAUGUGGUCAGCCCCAGUGCAAAGGAACUACCCAUCGGAGCAGCCCAGGAUUCGCAUCAUCUUCGCUUUUGUCAUGACUUCGGGCGUCUUGUGAUUCGCAAAAAGUUGGCGACAGAAUGA